AGAAACAUCUGUUCCUUGUUUCUUGACUUUCUUGUUCUGCUAAAUUUCUUUUCCAUGCGAGUUCCAAAUACUUAGCAUGGCUACUUCAAGGGCUGUGGUUAAUUAUUUUAAAUUUAAACGCUCGAAUUUUGUAGGCCAAAGUAUCUUUAAUCAAUUAUCAUGCAAACUUCCAAAUAAAUGUAUAGAAUGUGGAAGAGCUUUCAGCUCAGCGGUUUUGCUAUCCCGUCUAGUUGCGGCUUCUAACCAUUGCGGUGUUCUUGCCGUGCCUAGUAAUUCUAACUGGAAAUCGACGUUUAGGAACUUCCAUUUGAGCAGCUGUGAUUUGGCUCGUAAAGAUUACUAUGAAACAUUGGGUGUGCCGAGAAAUUGUUCUAGCAAGGAUAUAAAGAAAGCUUAUUUCAAUUUAGCCAAGAAGUAUCAUCCUGACACAAAUAGAAAUGAUCCCAAUGCAGUGAAAAAGUUCCAAGAAGUGUCUGAGGCUUAUGAGGUGCUGAGUGAUGACAUGAAGCGGAAGGAGUAUGAUUCGUGGGGAGCCACAUCUGAACAAAUGGGCAUGGGGGGUGGGGGGCCAGGCCCGGGAGGGGCAGGUGCGCGGGGAGGCAUGCAUGAUAGCUACUCCAACAGAUGGGACUUUCAGUCCACCGUCGAUCCCGAAGAACUUUUCAGACGUAUAUUUGGAGACGCUGGAUUCAAAGCAAGCAACUUCACCGCUGACGAUUUUGCUGAUUCCAGUUUUGGAUUUGGACCUGCUCAAGAGGUGGUGUUGAAGUUGAGGUUUGAUGAAGCUGCUAGAGGAGUGAACAAAGAAUUGAAGGUGAAUAUUGUGGACACUUGCCCCAGGUGUCGUGGCAGUCGAGCUGAGUUGGGCACCAAAGCCGAACGAUGUACCUUUUGCAAUGGUACUGGAGUCGAAACAAUUCGCACAGGGCCGUUCAUGAUGAGAUCAACAUGCAGGCAUUGUCAUGGCACCCGAAUGUAUGUGAAGUACAAGUGUGGCGAGUGUGAAGGCAAAGGAAGUACAAUUCAAAGAAAAAAUAUAACUAUACCGGUUCCCGCAGGUGUUGAAGAUGGCCAAACGUUGAGAGUGUCGGUGGCAAAUAAUCAAGAGUUGUUCAUAACAUUCCGCAUAGCUCCUUCAACUUACUUCAGGAGAGAAGGCGCAGACGUACAUAGUGAUGCUGAAAUUUCUCUGUCACAAGCCGUACUAGGAGGCGCCAUACGCAUUCAAGGGGUCUAUCAAGAUCAAACCAUCCAAAUACCAGAGGGAACAUCAUCGCAUACUCGCAUAAGAUUACGUGGCGAGGGAAUGAAAAAGGUGAACUCGAGUGGAAGUGGUGAUCAUUAUGUGCACAUUAAGUUGAAGAUACCCAAGAAGCUGAAUGAACAACAGAGAGCACUGCUGCAAGCCUAUGCUGAAUUGGAAGAUGACACGCCUGGAGUUAUUCGAGGAAUAGUCUAUAAGAAGGACGGAUCCAAAAACGUAGAUGAACAACCAAUGGCAGGUUCUGAGGAUAGUAAUGAAUCAGUUGAAAACGGGGGCUUUUUCAAAAAGAUAAAAAGAGCUUUAUUCGGAUGAAGUAGAACUGCAUAGUGUUAUGAAGUAGCAAACAAUGUUGUGAGGACUCUGGUCAACUACUCAAGAACCUGCGCUCAGUUUUACAGGGGAAUAAUAAUGAAAAUAAAGUGGACGUUAUUGGUAAAAAAGUUGCUGACAACUUAGAAGACACCCCUUCUGAUACAAAACGUGGUCAGAUGUCAUAGAAAGCUUUAAAAUAUUAGUGAAAGCCAGUUAAUUUGUAUAAAAUGACAGUUUCGUAUGAGAAUAAUGUAGUUCUCAUAUGAAAAGAAUGUCCAGAAUACUCUUUAAGGGGAUACUGUUGAAAGUCUGCUAGUUUUCAAAUAAUAUACUUCGCGAGUAGCAUAAAUUAUGAGAUAAUCAACUUAUUCGGUGUUGAACAACGCAUUACAUUUCUAAUUCAUCAAACUGUCUUGGUAUGCUGGAAAGUAAUAUAUAUAUAUAUUUUUCAUAAUACGUUGGGUUCAUUGUACAACAGAUCUUAAGAAAUAAACUUUUCAGAAUUAUUAGAUAAAAUCCUAUAAAAUCUUUAUAAGCUUGAGAGUUUUAAUUUACUGAAAUUUCUUGAGACAUUCUUUAAAGAUUGCUGAAUGUUAUUUUCCACCAAUAUUCUUUAAUAAAUGCAUGAUAAAAUCACGACCUUGAAGUAGCAAGAGGACUGAAAACUGAUGGAUAUAUUAUAGAGCAUAUAUGUAGAAAAUAAUGUAGAUUAUUUUUUGUUCUGUUUGUUGUACAUUUUAUGAAAGUGAACUUAUUCCAGCUCACUUUGGAGAUAAAAUACCAAUAAAAAACAUGACACAUACA